UUGCAAACAUGCGCAUAGCGCUUCUUGUUGGAUGACCAAAUCAGAUAGCGGUACUUUGGAUUUGGUGAUCACGCGAUUAGUUUAAGAUCCGUUAUUAACUAAAUUAUCAGGUUUCAAGUUUACUCUAAAUUUAGCUACAUUUACUACAUCCUAAAUUAAUUUGAAGUGAUAAAACCGAUAUACAGGCAUAAAAUCCUGACAUAAUUCGUGCCCUUGGUUCUUGGAUCAUCAAGUUCAAGAUGGGGUAUUUGAAAAACGAAAAUUCGUGCAACAACCGAGCAAGUUUAUAUGACCGCAUUAAGAAACUGUUAGUAUCUUAUGAAUGGAGUGACUGUAAUUUUUGUGUCUCAGGAAAGAAAUUCAAAGCACACAAACUAAUACUAGGUAUCAGUAGCCCAGUUUUUGAAGCCAUGUUGUAUGGUCCACUUUCAAAUAAUAAUGAUAUUCAUAUCCCUGAUAUAGAACCAGAAAUAUUUCAGCUAAUACUUAAUUAUAUCUAUACAGACAAUGUAGACAUAACUAGUAUUGAGCAAGCAUUCGACCUACUGUAUGCUUCAAGGAAAUACUUACUGGAACAUUUGACUAAAACAUGCAUUGAAUACAUUAAAGAAAACGUCACCAUUGACAAUGUCAUUGAAGUAUUGAAUUAUCCAGACUACAUGCAUGACAAACAGCUCACAACAUAUGCUGUGAAUUUGUUCUGUGCUCAUGCAUACUAUUUAUUUCAAAGACAUAUUCAAGUCAUUAGUCCCCUUUGUUUGAAGACUGUACUCCAGAGUGAUGAAAUAAAUAUAACUGAAAAGGACCUGAUAAAAUUUAUAUUUGAAUGGGCUGCUAAUUAUUGUGAACAGGAAAAUAUUCCUAUAACAUUUGAAAAUAAACAAAGGAUACUAAUAAAUUUAGAAUUAUUUGAUUUAUUACGUUUCAAGACUUUGUCCGUAGUUGAAUUGCAUGAAAUAUAUUCAGACAAGAUAAUCACACAGUAUGAAUAUGAAAAGAUAGAGAAACAAAUUAAGAAUACUGCCAAAACAAACGAUAAUGAUGCAGAAAAUGCAGUUUCAAACAUAAGAAGAAAAACAUUGAAAUUGCAGUGGUAUUCUUGUUAUCGGAGUUCAAUAAGAUCUAUGGCUCCUAUUAUUAUAGACACACCAAACUUCAUUCUGAAUUGUCGUGUAAAAGCUAAUAAGUCUGUAUUUAUUAAUUCACUCUGUGUCCCAACUCGAAUGGCACCAGCAGUUUAUGUUCACAACAACAAAACAAGGGUGUAUUCUGAACAGCUAUCUGUCUCGAUCAUGUGUGAAUCAGAUAGUAGUAUCAUAAAAAACACCAAUUUCAUGAACACUGUAGAAUAUGAUACUGUUGUAGAUAUUGAUUUAAAUGAACCCUGGUACCUACAAAAAGAGAUGUGGUACAAAAUAAGUUUCACUUGGCCUCACAAUGUCCUUCCCACCUAUACAUAUGUAGUAGAAUUCAGAGAUAAGUUUUUGAGGUACUGUGGUCAUAAAAUUUUGUUUGAAUUUGAUGAUAUGCCAGUGAAUACGGGUACUAGUUUUAGUGGUAGUUAUCUUGCAGGAUUAAAGUUUUGCUUGUAACUAAAUGCUACAAAAUUACCUCAGUUAUCAAAACAAGUAUUGUGCAAUUAACACUGUACAAGGUGAUAGGGGUAUAGAAGUAGUAUUAAUUUAGUUUAAGAGUUCUGGUAAUAAAGAAACUACUGAUGUAUUAAUUUCAUUCAGCGUUUUUUUGUACUAACAAUUCUAAAGACUAAAUUGUGUAUUGCCUUCUUCAUUAAUUUAUUCUUAAUUAAAUUCACAAUAGGCGAAUCUCAUUAAAUUAAUUUAUAAAAA